AGCCUCCGCCUUUCUGACUCAAUGGCCCAAUGAUUAUGAUGAGGGCAUGGGCUGCGCCUCACCCCGCUGAAAGACUCCGGUCAAGGUGGACUCAUCUCCUAUCUUACUGUACUUAUAACACAGCUCGCAGAGUGAACAAGACGUUAGCUGCCUUUCUACGGCCUUCACAACCGCCAACCUCCCCCUCGACUCCCGCUCACACCCACCAUCCCUCCCCAAAGAACCGAGAGGAAAGAACGCCGCGCAUUGAGAUUUUAAAUGGAGGAGGCCGGGGCUGGCCCGUGACGUCUCCUCCCCCCAUUGGCCUAUCGGCGCGAUGACGUCACGGCCCGAGAAUUGGCUGCAGGGGAGGGGGGGACGGAGGGGCUCCUUGGGGAGCCAGCAGAGGAAGGAGGAGGGAGCAAGACCGAGGGGGGGGGGAAACUGGGGCGGAAGCUCCCCGGGCAUGGCGUGGCGGCAGCAACAGCAGCAGUACGGGAGCGAGGAGAGAGCUCAGCGGCUGAGGCGGCGGUAACCGAAGUAGGACGCCUUGGAGCUCGCGGAGGCAGUCCAGAGUUCCUGGUGUGGCACCUCCAAAUCGAAAUACUGUAGAUGUAUCCUGUCUACUUCUCCAGGAUGGCCAGAUCUCUUGAAGUUGGCAUGAAGGCCUGAUGUCCAGGAAGGCUUAAACGGUCCAAAGACCUACAGGAAGUCAGAGAUCGACUUGGGAGCCUCCAGGAGUUCAGCCUUAUUUCCUCUGGAACAGAAAGGAAUUUCAUUUCCCACACGGAUUUCUAUACAUAGGAGUUCUCAUUUGCUGCAAAAAUGCCUAUUUUGAAGCAGCUGGUGACCAAUUCUACUAACUCUAAACGCCGCUCCCGUGCCGACCUGACAGCUGAGAUGAUCAGCGCUCCCCUUGGCGAUUUCCGUCACACCAUGCAUGUAGGCCGGGGUGGAGAUGCCUUUGGAGACACCUCCUUCCUCAACAGCAAGGCUGGGGAGGGCGAGCAGGAGGCCACGGAGGAGACGGGCUCCUCCUCCAAGCCAGGCCUGCUCGCGCGGAAGUUCCGCAGCAGCAAACGGUCUCAGUCUGUGACACGGGGUGACCGGCGGGACAUGUUGGGCUCUCUGAGGGAUUCGGCAAUCUUUGUGAAGAACGCCGUCUCCCUCCCUCAGCUCACUGAGAAAGACACAGAGAAGAGUGGCGGGAGAAAGCUGCCCAAGAGCCUCUCCUCUAGCCCUGUCAAGAAAGGUCCGGAAGAAAAGAGCCCUGAGGAGACACACAUGAACGGGGCUGCUGCCUCCCUCAGUUCUGGGCCUCAGAGUCCUGGGUUGGAAGAGCGGGACUUUGGGGACAUAACCGACUUGCCCUUAGUAGUCCCAAAGAACGGUUGUGGCCUGAAGCAUGCAGAGUCAAUCCUGUCUUUCCAUAUUGAUCUGGGGCCUUCUAUGCUUGGAGAUGUCUUGAGCGUCAUGGAUAAGGACCCCUGGGAACAAGAGGAUUCUGGCUACCAUGGCGCAGAGGAUCCUCAAAAGGAAGCAGGCCCGGUGGAGGCAUCCCCAGCCCACUCUUUCAGCCAGGAUUGCAAACUUCCACAGGAUUCCUUGGUACAGCAGGACGGCAGCCGAGCAGCGACUUACAGUCCUGGCUCUGCGCGCAGUGUGACAAGCCGCCUGACUAUGGACAGCAGUUCCAUCUCCAGUUGUGCUUCUGUGGGAGAGGAACAACGUUGCUUAACCUCCAAGGGACAGAACUAUGGUGUUCCAGAGGAAGCCAGGCAUGACCCUGUCAAAGAGUUGGACAAGGAAUUCUGCUUCAUGGAUGAGGAAGACGACGAGAUAAGAGUGUAAAGAGGGUGACUGCGGUCAUCAUUUGUCCCAAGGAAAGGAAUAACUUGCAGCUGAUUCUCAAAUAAAAGGUUUUGCUGAAAAAGUUGUUAAAUGAUUUGGCCAGCUUUCUUAGUCUCCAGUUGACACCGCCAUUGUUCCCUUCAGUCGGCUGCUAGAAAAAGGAUGUUUUGUUUUGUUUCCCCGUUGAAGGGUGGGUGGCUUGGAAGCGUGGGACAAGUCCUAAGCUGGAAAUUCAACUUUAAAUGGCUUCUAUUUAAACUUUCUAUGAUCAUGGAAUCACCUGAAGGAAAUCGCACAAGGAUAUUUCGAAAAGCGUUAUUUCAAGGAAUGAGCUCCAUUAUAAUGGAACAUUAAACAAAAAGAACAGAUUUUGGUUAACUGCCUGUUUAAAGCAAUACAAACCCAAAUACUACUUCAAAAGUGCUAGCUUCUCUAUUAAUAUAUUUUUCUCCCUCUUACAUUUGUACUAGUAGUCACACCUUUUUUGUUCCCUGUUUGCCAGAAGAAUACCAUCCUCAACCUGGUACAACACUGAAGGACAUUAUAAUUAUUUGUUGAGAGCCAGCCAUGUAGAAGCUUGAAAUAACCAGAUCCUGUAAAUCUAUAUGUUUGGAUGCUAACAGUUUUCUCCCUGUGGGCAGGCCUCUGGGAAGAUCUACAAACUUUAGUAUCUGGGCUAGAUAUUUCUUAUCCUUCCUUUUAAAUCAAAGCUAACAGAAACUCUUUGGGGUCACAGAUUUGGUGGCAGGGGAAGAACAUGCAGCUAUUCCCUUUUGUAUUGGGACCUCUUCAGUUCUAUGGGGAGAGGGGCAAGUUGAAAAUAGUGAAGAGGCAAACUUUCCUUGAAGCAGAUGUUACUUCCCUCAUCCCUAAAACGUGCCACCUUUGAUGGUGAUGAUGUGGAUUUUUUUUUUUUUUUGGUAGUGAAAUAUUCUUGAAGGUGCUUUGCUUAUGUAAGACUCUUCAGAGCUCCCUGGUGAGCGAUGAUCUCCUCAGAGUUGGUGGGAGUCAGCCAAGCUGCCCUAUCCCCACAGAGACCCCUGCUAAUGCUCUCUCCACGCUCUUCCUCUGGAGAGUAAGGAACAGGAUGUCCUGAGAGAUAUGUGUCAUGAACCAUUGGGGCUGUGCUGGAAGAAAUGUGGCUUAUUUGCACGUCUGCAGAUGUACACGGAAAGUCCCAGAAGUAGCCUCACAUGAUCAAGCUUGUCCUUUCUUAGUUGAGCCUCUAGAAUAAGUCAGUAAGGCUGACUAAA